AUGACUGGUGCUGUUCUGGAGAAAUCUGUAACGCAAACAACUACGCCAUCACCGGCGGAUUUUAUGAGAUGUUCAGUUUCUUCUGGAGCAGACGCCGAGCGUCGAUUGUUCAAUAAACUCUUCGCUGGGUACAAUAAACUGAUUCGUCCAGUCGUGAACUCUACAUCAACACUUCAAGUGAAACUUGGCUUGACCAUAUCCCAGCUUAUCAAUGUGGAUGAAAGAAAUCAGAUCAUGAAGGCGAAUGUGUGGUUAAAACAGGAGUGGCCAGACUACCGAUUGCAAUGGGAUCCCAAGGACUACGAUGGUAUCCAAAUUCUCCGCGUUCCAUCACAGAUGCUAUGGCUGCCAGAUAUCGUGCUCUUUAACAAUGCUGAUGGUAAAUACGAAGUGACGCUCAUGACGAAGGCGCUCCUCUACAGCAAUAGUUAUAUUUACUGGUUGCCCCCAGCAAUUUAUCAGAGCUCUUGCCAAAUUGACGUGGAAUAUUUCCCUUUCGACCAACAAGACUGUGUCAUGAAAUUCGGCUCGUGGACGUACGAUGCUCUCCAGUUGGACUUGACUUUCAAGGAUAAAAGCGACGGCUCUGGCAAGCCAAUGAUGCAUGUAGAGUUGGAGGACUACUGGGAGAGCGGAGAGUGGGACAUCAUCGAUAUGCCCGGAGAAAAGCAUAUAAUUAGUUAUCCGUCGAGCGAUGACAUUUUUUCGGAUAUAACGUUUCAUUUUAUAAUUAGAAGAAAGCCAUUGUUUUACACUGUGAAUCUUGUGAUUCCUUGUGUUUUGAUAUCUUUUUUAACAGUUUUAGUGUUUUAUCUGCCGUCAGACUGCGGCGAGAAAAUCACGCUAUGUAUCUCCGUCUUGCUGGCGCUCACCGUGUUUCUCUUGCUGAUUGCGGAAAUCAUCCCGCCGACGUCACUGCUCAUCCCGCUGAUUGGACGGUAUCUCCUUUUCACCAUGGUCUUAGUGACGACCUCCAUCGUCAUAACGGUUGUCGUAUUAAACAUUCACCAUCGUUCUCCCAGUACUCAUACUAUGCCAAAUUGGGUGCGAAAAGUAUUCAUUGAAACGCUGCCGCCCUAUCUAUGGAUGAAGCGGCACCGCCCUCCACGGCGGCUAUACGAAGUAUACGACGAUCGUAACGGAAUGACUGAAAUGAAAGAAGUAAGCUCAUUGCCAAGGUUGAGUAUAGACAAGAACUGUGUCGGCAACGACUUGUACGAGAACGCUAAAAAUACCAGACCGUCGUCUUCGCCGCUGCACACGAUAUCUGAAGGGAUUUACAGCACAGAUCACAAAAACACCCCGGGUCAAAGAACAAAACGAGUUCCAAAAGAGAUGAGAGAAGCAAUAGACAGUGUUAAAUUUAUAGCAGAACAUUUGAAAAAUGAUGAUGAUUUUAAAACGGUGAACGAAGAAUGGAAAUACGUUGCCAUGGUGAUUGACAGAAUCUUUCUCUGGAUUUUUCUAGUCGCCGUUAUAUGCGGUUCAUGCGGCAUCAUUCUAUCGGCUCCUCUGAUUUUUGACAAAUAUGAGGCACUUACGACCCAAGGCUGA